AUGGACUUCGUUGGUGGAGGCGCUCCUUUGAUACUGCCUGCUGAGACUUCUUCCAUGGAAAAAGAAAAAAGCCCUGAAGAGCCGCAAAUAACCCUUGAGCCAAAGGAGCCGGAUUCCCCUGUUAUGGAAGACGUCCAGUAUCCUUUCGAGCUGGAUGCCUUCCAACAGGCUGCCGUUGUUUGCAUGGAGAAAGGGGAGUCAGUUUUUGUUGCUGCUCAUACAUCAGCAGGAAAGACCGUGGUCGCUGAGUAUGCAGUGGCUCUAUGUGAGCAUCACAAAACUCGGGCUAUUUACACAUCUCCUAUAAAGGCGUUGUCGAAUCAGAAAUUCCGAGAUUUCAAGAUGAUGUUCACUGAUGUCGGUCUGGUUACCGGUGAUAUUCAACUGUUCCCUGAAGCUUUCUGCCUCAUCAUGACCACGGAAAUCUUG